AUGGGUGUUGAACUUGUGAUCUCUGCCAAUGAAAAUGUGCAUGUUGACCUAUGCCCUACCACCACCAACACAAAGUUUCUAAUUUCCAUUAAGGCUAUAUUUUCUCUUUCUAGCGCUUGUGUGGAUACAAGUCCCUAUGAAGACACACCAACCACUAUAGCUGAUCUCCCACUCUUGAAGGACUUCAGUAUUGGUCGUCAAUACGCUCAUUUCGGCAAUGAUACCCUCCUCUACUUCACCGUAAAAAUUCUCAAUGAUGGAGACCUUCUACAAAUUGUAACCAAUUCUGGAUCUCACGCUACCCAUGUAGCUUCCAUUGCUGCGGCUUAUUAUCCAACUGAUUCUUCCCACGAGCACUUCCAGACUUCGCAUCUCGUAGAAGAUGGCAAUCAGAAUGGAAUAGCACCUGGCGCUCAAGUUGUGAGCAUAAAAAUUGCCAACACUUCCCUUAAGGGUAUGGAAACCAUUUCCAGCCUUUUGACUGCUCUAAAUUGGACUUCCAAAUUGAAUUGCGAUGUCAUCAAUUAUAGCUUUGGCGAGAAGACUUUUCUGCCUAACUUCGGACGAAUGAACACGCAUCUCUCAAAGUUCGUUUCCCAGACAGAUGUGGCAUUUGUUACGUCAGGGGGAAACAGUGGUCCAUCACUUGGAACCGUUGGUUCACCUGGGGGCUCUGUUGAUGGUCUAAUUGCCGUCGCACCGAUACUCUCACCAACAAUGAUGAAAUACAUGUACAUGCAACCAACUUGGGAAAAGCAGAAAGAAGAAGAAGAAGUCAAUGAAGAUGCUGACUGUAGUGCUAAAGAUCGAAAUAAGAAGAUGCCAACAUCUAGACCGACUUUCAUCAGAAACGAGCACAAUCUUUUGGCUGUGGUUGGUUAUCCACCUCCAUUGAACUCAUCAAGCCCAGUACCAUCGGCAUAUUGCUGGGGUUCGCGGGGUCCAUCAGUGGACGGUGAUUUGGGACUUACUGUAGCAGCUUGUGGUGGAGCAAUAGCAGAUGUAGCAGCCUGGAAGAGAACCAUUUUUGAUUUGCACAACGGGAGUUCUAUGAGUAGCCCCUCUGUUGCCGGAGCCCUAGCCCUAGUUUUGUCCGCUCUGCGACAGAGCGAACGCCAGCCCACGCUUCGUGUGCCGUUCAUUCUUUGGCGAGCCGCCAUUUUUUCUUGUUCGAAACCUCUCCCCCACCUAUCUCAAUUGGAUCAAGGGGCUGGAAUGUUUCAAGUUGGCGAAACAUACGAGUACCUUCGCAAUAUCAUUAGGGAUCAGUCGUCAUCUUCGUGUCCUUCUCCAUCCAAUCAAAUUGUUCCUUCUCCAAACGCGACCCACGUAGAUCGUUACUAUGGCUGGCGAUUGAAUUGCCACGUGAAUGGACCGGGAUGCAUAGUUGAGAACUCCAAAGGCCUUUAUUGCCGAGGUAUUUGGCUUCGUAGCGGCUGGCUCCCAAAUCAAGUUAGCUGUUCAAAAAGUUAUGUUCAACCUAAAAUGUCCUUUUCAGUGGAUUUGGAACCUGUAUUUUGCGAUGCAAGUCUCAAUUAUCUUAAAUCCAAGAGUGCUGUAUCAGCUGAAUUUAAACGAAAUUUUAGCCUUAAUCUCAGCAUCCAAGUUGGUUACCAUAGUAUUAUUGACGAAAAUGACAUUAAACGUCCUAAACACCCUGAUUGGCUCUGCGUCGCACCAUUCAUAAUGCUUCCAGGGCGUAGUCGCAGAUUGGCCCUUUUUAUCGAUCCGACUGCGUUUCCAGGCCACAAGGACUCCCUCCCGGAAUUGGAAUUUAACCCUCCCUCGAAGAUUCUUCACACUUGUCUUGCAUUUGUCAAUGCUGACUCUCAACAACAUGAACCACUUGCCUAUCUUCCAAUCACAAUUCAACUACCUACACUCGCACAACUAGACAGGGAAAAUGGCGUUUACACGUUUGGCUUCGUGGGCGACUUCUUCUUCACGCAGAAGGUUUGUCGAUGGUUCGUACGAAUCCCACGAGGUUCGACAGCAGGAGUUCUGCGAUUUCAACGCACUGACGGUGAUGGUGAUACUCCGAGUGCUUUCGCCCUAUCAGUUGUUCUUCCGAAAUCGAUUGGCAGCGCGCUAGGCACUGGAGAGGAGGUUUGUAAUCGUCGGAUUAAUCUUAUUGCUCGAAAUGCUGGAGGUGUGGGUUUUACAUCACGAAGUAGCACUCCCUUGACCUACGAAUCCUCCAAUGGAGAAUUUGUCUUCGCCUUUCCCAUUAGUUGGGUGUCAGAGACAGUUGAAAUCACCUUGGCUCAACAUCCUGGCUCCGACACACCGGACAGAUGUCAAAUUCAAGGAAAGUUGGACUUCCAUGGUUUGGAAAUUAGACCCGAGAAACUAGUCUUUCAUCUGCCCCAAACCUACUUCCCAAUUGAUCUUAGAUCAAAUUUCGGCCAUGAAACAAUCAAAUUUGAAAUGGAGUCCAAGUUCUGGAUCCAGCCUCUCAGACCAACCUCAACGUCUCGAUCAUAUAAGAAAUUGGUCGCUUACGAGAAAGGUUUCUUUGGUCUUCCAGGGCUUCAUUGCCUUACGUUAACGUACUACUUUGAUGCGCCUUUCAAGUCAGAUAACAUAGUUUUUGACUUCCGACGAUUGACAUCUCUUCUCUAUGAGUCGGAUGUAGUUCAAACCGUCUACUACGUCUACGAUUCUUACGGACGCUUCUAUGGACACGGGUCCUAUCAAGUGAUCUACGUUGCUGACACAAUGAAAAUGUGUCACUAUGGGAAGGAAUCGGAUAUGUUGGACAAACUCGCAUCUUUCUCUCUACUCAUUCGAUGGCCUCUAAAUUUGUCAAGCUCUCAAUUAUCCAGUACCAGCACUCCUCCACUAACUUUCGAACUUUCCUCUAGCUUGGCUACUCUAUCUCUUGCUGAUGUGGACUACGAGAAAUCCUGCUCCCGAUUACUUUUGCUCAACGCGAACGCUUCCAAUGAAAUACUUGAGGUGAGGGCAAAUUUGGACUCAGUCCCAAAAGGCAAUAAGAAGGAUCCUUUGAUUGGUAAACUGCAAGUUUUUCCCACGAUCCCUUGGCACUUGGCAGCCGGAGAAAGUAUUACUGAGUACUUUGGAAUCAUUGACGAAAAUCUCGCAUCUUUUGUGUCUCCUGGUUCCUAUUUCGAAUGCCAAAUGUCCUACUAUGGUCAUCGCGACCUUAAGAAAUCGGUGAAAUUACCACUAGAAAUCAUCGUUGGGCCAAGGAAUCCACCUUCAAUGACGACAAAUGUGAAAUCCCCCUUGAAAGGAGUCUUUGGACUGCAGGCUGAGGAUCUGUUGUAUUUCCGUUGGAUUGCUCUUGGUCAUUUUGGUCUUAGCGACUCCUAUAAGUAUUGGAUAUCAGCAUUCGAAAUAAAACAACGUGAAAAUCCUCCAAAGCAAAAGAAGCAAAAUAAGGAUGGGGGUGCUGAGAAAAGCAAGCCACCAAAAGACGAAUUUCAGUCGCACGUACUGAAGUUUUUCCAAACGGUCGAAUCCUGUAGUGUCUUUGACCCAAAUCGUCUGGAAGUUUGGGAAAAGGUUAACUUGGCCAUGAAGGAGCUAACAGUACGUGUAGUGGAAAUGGCCGAAUCGGGGUCACUUGAUGAAUCAUUAAAAUAUCUUCUUCCAAAAGACGGUAACGCUUUGAUAGCUAGCUGUGAUGACAGUGCCCUUAAGUCACGUAUCCCAGUUCUAAUUUAUAACCAAGCGACCACCAUCGCUGAGAACACCGCGGAUGUAUCUGUGGAAUCAGCUGGAAAUGAAAUCGCAAGCACCGCUACGAAAAAGAUAAAGCAAAUGUCAGCCAAGCAAUUAGCAAACCGGGCCACCGCAAUAGAAGUUCUCUGCACUUAUGGACGAUGUCUCUGCGAACAAAUUGCGUUGGCACCAAAAUCGGCCCCCAUUUACCGUAAUAUGUUUUUAGACUGUCUUCGAGAGAUCAUUUCUCGAAUACAUUAUCUCUUUUUGUUGAGUAACGCCGAACCAGAAUCUAUUCAUCGUCCUAUGAGAAAUUUCUUCGAUUGUGAAGAUACAAAAUCGGCAGCCACACUGGGGCUAACUGUACCUUUAGUUGAGAAAAUUAAACCAAGCUUUGAACUCUUCUGGUUGGCGCACCUAUUUGUCCUUCAUCCUCAAUUACCUCUUCUCGAAGCUUUGACCCGCCUCAGUUAUCAGAUUGAUAAUAUCUCCACAAAGGGAAGCUAUCAGUCUCUCCUCCGAAACGCAGAUCCUGCUCGGGACAGAAUUGCGACAGAUUGUGCAAGUAUCGCCUUUCCAUGGAUGAUUAAGCAAUUGGAAAGAAUGGGACUGCCAAAUAUAGCUCAUCAUUUAGAAUACCAACUUCCAUCAAUGUUUCCGCGGUUUGAUUACAACCUUGUGCUUUCGGAACAAUCGCAACCCAAUAUGCCGUAA